AUGAAAGGUGCAGUGAGACUCUAUAUUAUAGCUCACAAAAAAGAAUUUAAAACGGAUCAAGCCAAAGGUACAUUUUGGAAGGUUAUUUGCAAGCAGCAUGAGGAAGGUUGUAGUUGGAUGAUCCGUUUUUCAUUGAUCGGAAGUGGCAUGUGGAAAGCAGGAAAAGUGAUUGAGCCACACAAUUGUGACACGGAUGAUUAUACAGAGGAUCAUUUCAAUUUGAAUAGCAACAUGAUUGCUACUUCCUUGAUACCGUAUGUUAUGAUCAAUGCACAAAUCAGUAUUAAGUUUGUUCAGGAAACUAUAAAAGGGAACCAUCACUAUGCUCCUAGUUAUAGAAAAGCGCAAAAAGGGCGUAAGAAAGAUUUUGAGAUGGUGUAUGGUGAUUUCGAAGGUUCUUUUAGGGCAUUGCCUCGAUACAUGGCUGCCCUAGAACAUUUCAAUCCGGGCACUAUUGUUGAGUGGACACACGAGUCAACUACAAUGCAAGGCGAACACAUCUUCAAGUAUCUUUUCUGGGCCUUUAAACCAAGUAUGGAUGAAUUCAAAAGUUGCAGGCCGGUCAUCUCAAUAGAUGGCACUCAUGUCUAUGUUGCACGUGAGAGCUAUGCGUCAUGGACUUGGUUUCUCAGUUUAUUAUGGAGACAUGUUGUUUGUAAUAGAAAAGGCAUUGGACUAAUUUCUGACCGUCAUCAAGGGAUCUUACAAUGUGUAAUGACACAUGAAUGGUUAAAGCCACCCACCACACAUCAUAGAUUUUGUGUUCGACAUAUAAAAAGCAACUUUAACAAAAAGUUUCUUAACUCUGAUCUUGAGAAGCUAAUGUGGUUGGCUGCUACAGAGCACCAGAAGAAGAAAUACCAAAUGAGAAUGCAACAAAUCAAAACUUUUUCACCUGCAGCGCAUAUGUGGUUGAGCGAGCUUCCGAAGGAAAAAUGGACAUUGUAUAAGGAUGGUGGUUAUAGGUGGGGGGCUAUGACGACAAAUGUCUCUGAGUCUUACAACGGUUUAUUGAAUAAAGCCUGUGGAUGGCCUGUUACUACCAUGGUUCGCUUGACCUUUAAAAAUCUUGUUGAUCAUUUUGUUAAAAGAAGCGCCCUUGCUGCUUUGCUAAUGGUAAAUAAGAAGACUUGGCCGCCCGGUGUUGAUAAGAAGUUCCAUGAAUAUUGGGAUAGGGCCACCAUGCACACUGAUGUGAUGAACUACAACACUGUGACUGGGGUCUUCGAGAUUCUGACAUUUGCACACGAAGGUAAGGGCGGAAAUGUCCAUAAAGUCUCUGACAAUGGAAAAAGUGUUCAUGUGGGAAGCGGAAAAACUACCAGUAGCAAGUUGUAG